AACGGACUGUGCGCGUUCCUCAGGUGAAGCCUACAAACUGCUAGAGAAAUGUAGUUAUCAGGGAUUAAAAUCUCCAAACCAUUUUCUCUUGGAUUUAGUCAAGGAAGUAGAACGUCUGCUGCUCGGCUGCUGCGUCUUCCAUCUGAACAGCUGAUUUAGCUCUCGGGAUUUCUCGCUGCUUGUUCAGCAUGGCGGAGAUUUGGGUUCACAGACUCCUUCUUCUGUUUAUUUCUCUGACGAAGUAUCUGGAGGGCACAAAACUGCUGGCAGACCUUAAAAAAUGCGGUGAUCUGGAAUGUGAAACUUUAAUGAGCAGAGUCUCAGCUGUGAGAGAUCACACAGGACCUGACUGCCGAUACCUGAACUUCACUAAAGGAGAAGAGAUAUCUGUUUAUGUUAAACUUGCCGGAGAAAGAGAAGAUUUGUGGGCAGGAAGUAAAGGAAAGGACUUCGGAUUUUUUCCCAGAGAUGCAGUCCAGAUUGAAGAGGUGUUCAUAUCUGAAGAAGUUCAAGUUUCAACUAAAGAAUCUGAUUUUCUUUGUCUUCUUGGAGUAAGCUACAUGUUUGAAAAUGAAGAUAGUGAGUUAAACCAUGAUAAUAGGGACAAUAUAGAUCCAUAUGAAGAGGAUGGAGACCCAACAUAUAGUAUGUACGAAAGUGAUUUCCAGGGAGAACCUGGAUUUUACACAACUCCUCCAAGUACUUUGUUUGAAGAGCAGUCUCCAGCAUCAGAGGCGCCUGCGGAUAUCAGAAGUGCCGGGGAAUCAGGUGACUGGGAAGAGGCAGAGGCUAGCAGCCUGGAACAGGAUCAUAUCCCAGAAGAGGAUGAUAUUUCACCACCCUUCCCUGCGCCAGAAGUGCAAGGACGAUUCGGAGUAGGGGCAGAACAAGCUCAAGAGAAGGCCGUUGAAUCAGUUACCGAACCUGUCCAAGAAACCUCAUUUCGAAGUAGAAAAUUAGCAGUGGAAGGUGAGAAUGACCUAGAGGAAUUAAACAGCGGUGAGCCCCAAACAGAACAUAAGCGCGAGCCUGAAUCAGAAUUUGAAUCAUUGCCAGAGGAACAACCUGAACGAGCCUUGGACUCAGAGCACAUUCUCCAACCUCAAGCCACUGGCUGGUUUGGUAGUGGAUUUACAAGUUACUUAGGUUUUGGUGUGGAGGAUACAGGCCUUGAGUUAUUAUCCGAAGAAAGUGACCUACCACUACAAGACAUUCCCAGUUCCGUACCCUCUGAUGAAGAAGCCCUGGUUCCACAUACAGAAAUAUUAACAGAAAAAGAAGACAGAGUUACUAAUGAUAGCUCCAUCCUCAAGCCAGAUUGGUUUAAUUUUGGCUUUGGUGUGCUAAGCUUUGCCUAUGCCAAUGAAGAAAAAAUUAUAUCAAACGAUGGGAAAAAAGAAGAAGACAGGGUAGAUCAACACGAGCACCCCCGUGCAAGUGAACUUGACGCUGAUAAGGAUCAGGAUAUAAAAAUGACAGAAAAUGUAGAAACAGAAGAGCAAACAGAAAAGGAAAAAGCCCUUGAGAAAACAGAUGACUCCGGUACCAUACCAUAUUUGAAAAAGUUCUUGUAUAAUUUUGAUAACCCUUGGAGCUUCAAGAAUGUUCCGCAAGAAACAGAAUCGCCACUUCCCAAAGAGACACUGGAUCAAAAUAAUAUAGUCGAACGUGGUGAAACGGAAGAUUUUUCAGUUGAAAAUGAUCCUACAGAUAAUGUGAAAGAUCCUGUCAUGUUGGAAAGCAGCUACCGUCAAUCAGAUAUGGUCUCUACAGCAGAGUCCUCUGUGGGAAUUCAUGAAGAAGGACCUUUUGAAACCUCCUCUUCUAAAAGCAAUGAUGAGAAAUCAAACUUACCAGUAGACUCUGACGAGCCUGCUCAAGGAGAAACAGACAGAUCCGUGGAAAUCACCUUUCCAGAGAGUCAGAUGGUUUCCACUGACAAUGCUUUGUCUUCUCACAAGUACAUUGCUCAGGGAGAAGAUGCUUCAGAGUUUCAGAUUCUGAAAUACUUAUUUCAAAUUGAUAUUUGUGAUGUCAUGAAUUCUGUAUUCUCACCAGUUGUACUUCUUUCAGAGUGGGUUGUGGCAGCACUGCCUGAAGAAAUGAGACCAGGCCCCGCUGCCUAUGGUUUAUCGUGGGAAUUGGUGAUAGGGGCAGCUAUCGUUGGUUUUUUUGCUGUUCUCUUAUUUUUAUGGAGAAGUUUUCGAUCGGUUAGAAGCCGUUGGUAUGUGGGGAGAGAAAAGCAGCUUGCUGUAAAGCUUUCUGAACUAAUUGAAGAAAAAUGUAAACUACUUGAAAAAGUUAGCCUUGUUCAAAAAGAGUGUGAAGGCUUAGAGUCUUUGUUAAAGGGUGCCGGCCUUGAGAAGGACUCAGCGGAAGCACAAAGUCUAGAGUUUGAUGAAGGAUCACAAAUAUCAGAGGAAACCUAUGAAGAGCUGGACAGGAACAAAUCUAAGCUUGAAGAAGAAAUACUCUUUCUAGAAAAAGAGCUAAAAGAUGAGAAAUCUAAGCGUUCUGAACAAGAUGAAUUGAAGGCCAGUGUUUCAGAAAAGAUACAGGCCCUAGAAGAUGAAUCAAAAUCCCUCAAAUCCCAAGUAGCUGAAGCCAAAACAACCUUUAAAAUAUUUCAAAUCAAUGAAGAGCGACUUAAGGGAGCAAUAAAAGAUGCAAAGAAUGAAAAUUCCCAACUUCAGGAAAGCCAAAAACAGCUUUUACAAGAGGUUGAAAUGUGGAAAGAACAAGUGAGCGAGCUUAAUCAGCAGAAAGUAGCACUGGAAGACUCCCGAGUGCGCGCAGAGCAAGUUCUGAGCGACAAGGAAAACCACAUCAAGUCUCUGACUGAACGCUUGAUAAAGAUGAAAGAUUGGGCUGCUGUGCUUGGAGAAGACAUAGGAGAUGAUGGUAACUUGGAAUUGGACCUGAGGAGUGAAUCCGCAAGUGGUACUCACUUAGAUAAUGAGCCAAAAGGAGCUUUGAAGAAACUGAUUUAUGCUGCUAAGUUAAAUGCUUCUUUAAAAUCUUUAGAAGGAGAAAGAAACCAGAUUUAUACUCAGUUAUCUGAAGUAGAUAAAAUAAAGGAAGAUCUUACAGAGCGUAUUAAAAAUCUCCAGGCUGAACAAGCGUCACUGCAGUCACAAAAUACACAGCUUGCAAGUGAGAGUCAGAGGCUUCAGCAGAAACUUGAAGUAAUGACUGAACUGUAUCAGGAAAAUGAAAGGAAACUCCACAGGAAAUUAACAGUAGAGGAAAAUUACCGGUUAGAAAAAGAGGAGAAACUUUCUAAACUGGAUGAAAAGAUUAGCCAUGCUGCUGAAGAGCUGGAGACCUACAGAGCACGAGCCAAAGAUCUUGAGGAAGAAUUGGAGAGAACCGUUCAAUCUUAUCAAGGGCAGAUUAUUUCCCAUGAGAAAAAAGCACAUGAUAAUUGGUUGGCAGCUCGGACUGCUGAAAGAAACCUCAACGAGUUAAGGAAAGAAAAUGCUUACAACAGACAAAAAUUAACUGAAACAGAGUUUAAAUUUGAACUUUUAGAAAAAGAUCCUUAUGCACUUGAUGUUCCAAAUACAGCAUUUGGCAGAGAGCAUUCCCCAUAUGGUCCCUCACCAUUGGGUCGGCCUUCAUCUGAAACGAGAGCUUUUCUCUCUCCUCCAACCUUGUUGGAGGGUCCACUCAGACUCUCACCUUUGCUUCCAGGGGGAGGAGGACGAGGCUCAAGAGGCUUAGAGAAUCCUCUGGACCAUCAGAUUAGCAACGAAAGAGGAGACUCAAGUUAUGAUAGGUUAACUGAUCCUCACAGAGCACCUUCUGACACUGGAUCUCUGUCACCUCCAUGGGAACAGGACCGUAGGGUGGCGAUUCCUCCACCAGGCCAACCAUAUCCUGAUUCAGCUCUUCCACUGCAAAGGCAAGACAGAUACUACUCUAAUUCUGGUAGACUGUCUGGACCAGCAGAACUCAGAAGUUAUAAUAUGCUUUCUUUGGAUAAAGUGGAUGGGCCAGUGUCUUCAGAAACAGAAUCGAGUAGAAAUGAUACCAAAGAUGAUCCUGGUAAUUCAAAUGUGCCUGAUUCUUCUCUUCCUGCUGAAAGCAAAGCAACUGGUCCUGGCUUUGUUCUUCCACCUCUUCCUCCAGUUGGAGGUCAGCCAUUUCUGAUGUAUCCGAGGAGCCAGGUCAUGAGGAGAGGAUCUCCUUUUCCUCUACCUCCUCCAGGAAACAUGUAUGGAGCACCUCGAGAUUAUUUUCCUCCAAGGGAGUUCUCUGGCCCACCUCCUCCAUUCCCAAUGAGAAAUGUCUAUUCACCACGGGGUUUUCCUCAUUAUCUUCCCCCGAGAGCUGGAUUCCCCCCUCCACCCCCACAUUCUGAAAGUAGAAGUGAGCUCCCUCCAGGGUUGACGCCGCCUUCAAGUGAGCCUGCUGCUGAACAUCCAGAGCCACAGCAAGAAACCUGACAAUAGUUUUGAUUUUUCUUCAAAAGUAAUUUUAUCUCAUUUUCAGUUUAAGUAACUGCUGUUACUUAAGUGAUUAUACUUUUGCUCAAAUUGAAGCUUAAUGAAAUUAUAAUUCUCAGGAUAGUAUUUUGUAAAUAAAGAUGAUUUACAUAUGAAUCUUAUGAGUAAAUUAUUUCCAUUUUAUUUUAUUCUAAGCAGUACAACUACUUUAAUUUGAUUAGUCCACUAUUACAGAAACAAUAAGAGGAGUUUUAUAUAUGUAAUCUUUCAGUUGAGGAUAUUUUAAAUUGCAAACAAAGGUUACUUUUAUGCCAAGAAAUGUAUUUACUAUCAUUGUAGACAAAUGUGAAAGUAACUUUAUGCCUAAAUAAAUUUUAAUUGAUUUAAAGUCUUAUUUGGCAUUGACAAUAAAAUCAACUAGUUUUUCCAUAAA